AUGCCCUCUACACCGCCGCCCAUUCGCAUCGAGGACGCAGCAUCGUACCAGAGCGUCACCACCGAGCAGACGACAGGCGGUCAUGUUCUUCUCGACUUUUUCCGCGCGGCGCCCGGCCUGGUGGCGGGCCGCUGCGUGCUCGAGCUGGGCGCCGGGACGGGCUAUCUCGGCAUGCACCUCGCGCGCGACCUGUCGCCCUCGAGGAUUGUCCUGACCGAGAUGGAGCAGGGGAACGCGCUCGGCUGGCUGACGAGGAACGUGGAGGCCAACCGGCGGGCGGGGGUGCCGCUCCCGCGCCUCGAGACGGCGGCGCUCGACUGGCGCUGGGUGGAGGAGGAGGAGCUGGGCGCAGAGGCGGAGGGCAGCGCGAGCGGCAAGGCGGACGGCGGGCGAGAGGGAGGUGGCUGUGAGGCGGCGGCGCGAGGGCCGUUCGUCGCCAUCUUGAGCGAGGCGUGGGAGCUGGUCGUCGGCAGCGAUUUGGUCUACAACGAGGCUGGAAUGGCGAUGCUGCCGCGGCUGCUGGGGCGGCUGCUGUGCUCGCGUGGGGGAGCGCGAGGAGUAAGCAUGUACUACGCGCACACGCUCAACCGCUACGAGUUUUACGACCGCGACUUCUUCGCCGCGCUCGAAGCACAGGGCCUGAGCUAUGUGCAGGCUUGGCCGCAGCCCGAGGGCGACGGGGGCGGCCUAGGGGCAGAGGGUGCUUUCUCGGGAGAGCUCUUCCCGGAGCAGCGCAUUGUCGUGCUGCGUAUCUCGCGGGCGCCGGUGGAUAGAUGA